AAUUCGUGGCCAACAAUAUUAACAACCGUUCUGCUAGGUCUUGCUUAACACUUAAAGUGAAUAUAGAAUCCAAAAAUUCAUGAGUGAAGUGUGAUGGAAAUCAAUGGGGAGGGAGAUAGUCCUCUUGAAGCCACCUUGUUUAGGAUACAACUAGCCCAGUUAGGAACUCUUAAUUAUGAGUUAUCUCCCUCAAUAAGGGCACAACAACCGGUGCCGAACGAGUAAACAAUUAAGUGAACAUGGUUCGUGUCAACCUAAUCCUGUCCAUGUGCCGUAAGCUCUUCUCAUUGAUCAAAGCAUAUCGCAACCGACGCACAUGCCUUGCUCUUUCUGCUGUUUCUUUUCGCAUUUUUUAACCCAUUCACUUAAAAGGCUGUAGUGAAGUGUGGUCUAGACUCGUGCUUGAGUGUCGUAAUUUUAUUUGCUGCCUUAUAAGCUAAUUGGUCCAAUGGCAUUGCACCAGCACUUAACCUUCAAAGAACCUGAAACAAAAGCAUGGCAAUGGGUAUGAUUGUUUGUGACCAAUUGUGCUCGGCCCUUGGAUUGCAACAGAAGGAGAGAGAGGGACAAAGAAGCUGAGCCUUUCUUUAAAAAUGCAUGUGCCUAUGCUAUACGGUCAGAGGAAUCCCCACAAAUUAAAAAUCAAUAUUACUCAAUCUGUCAAUCAGGUUGGAGUGGCUCAAGAUAUCUACAUGCAACAGAUUUCACUCUAUGAUUUCUCAUUGGCUCAUUGAAAGAAAACCAAAUACAAUAUACACAUUACAACGUAAUAUCUGACAGAUUGUCUCGUGAAGUAUUUAAUUAUUUUAUUUAGUAUCACAUUUCAUCUCGCUUUUACCUAUUACUGUAGACAAAAGGUAUCUGCAUAUACUAUAUAUGUGGGACUCUGUUGGACUAUGAAACAUGUGGCUUCUUCUUGUGAAAAAAGAUGGCUUCUUUUCUGUUUACUGUGUGCCUAAGUUUCUUCUUUUUAGCUGCUGGAGUUAGAAGCGCUACUCCAAAGAAGGCUGUGGAUGUGCCAUUCGGCAGAAACUAUGUCCCAACUUGGGCUUUUGAUCACAUCAAAUACAACAAUGGGGGCAAUGAAAUUCAGCUGGUCCUGGAUAAAUACACAGGGACUGGCUUUCAAUCCAAGGGAUCUUAUUUGUUUGGUCACUUCAGCAUGCACAUAAAGAUGGUUCCCGGAGACUCUGCAGGAACAGUGACUGCUUUCUAUUUAUCUUCUCAAAACUCAGAGCACGACGAGAUAGACUUUGAGUUCCUGGGCAACAGAAGUGGACAGCCCUAUAUUCUGCAGACAAAUGUGUUCACUGGAGGGGGCGGAAACAGAGAGCAGAGAAUAUAUCUGUGGUUUGAUCCUUCCAAAGCUUACCACACUUACUCGGUUCUCUGGAAUCUUUAUCAGAUUGUGUUCUUUGUGGACGAUGUGCCAAUAAGGGUGUUCAAGAAUAGCAAAGAUUUGGGAGUAAAGUUCCCAUUCAACCAGUCCAUGAAGUUAUAUUCAAGCCUUUGGAAUGCAGAUGACUGGGCUACUAGGGGCGGUUUGGAGAAGACAGACUGGUCCAAGGCCCCAUUCAUGGCGUCCUAUAGGGGGUUUCACAUCGACGGAUGUGAGGCAUCUGUGAAUGACAAGUACUGUGAGACACAGGGCAAGGAAUGGUGGGAUCAGAAGGAGUAUCGAGACCUUGACGCAUAUCAAUACAAGAGACUCAAAUGGGUUCGCCAGAAAUACACCAUUUACAACUACUGCACUGAUCGUGUCCGCUUUCCUCAACCUGCUCCUGAAUGCAAAAGAGAUCGUGACAUUUAAGUUGUUCUUGCUAGAUGAGAAGACAAGUAGCUUUGACUUGUUUUCUUUUUCAUUCAAAUUGUUCCAAACCCCGUCUCGAUAUUCUUUCUACGGAUAAAUAAUAUUUACAUGAGAUGUGUUUUGAAAGUGUAUUAAUGUUAG